AUGGACAGAUUAGAAGCACUGGGCAGCCAACUGUCCAAAAUCACAAUGUACGACAUCAAGUCGGCAUACAACCAGGCAAAGAACAUGGUCCUAAACGUCUCAGAGAUGGAGGCCAAAGUCCAAGAGGCAACAAACGACGAUCCAUGGGGUGCGAGCUCGACGCUAAUGGGCGAAAUUGCCCAAGGAACGUUCAACUUCCAACAGUUCAAUGAGAUCAUGCCAGCUAUCUACUCGCGCUUCAUGGAUAAGGAGGCUCGGGAGUGGCGACAAAUUUACAAGUCGCUGCAGCUUCUCGAGUAUAUCAUCAAGCAUGGCUCAGAGCGGGUGGUGGAUGAUGCGCGGUCUCAUUUGUCGACAAUCAAGAUGCUCCGCAAUUUUCAUUACAUUGAUGAGAAAGGCAAGGAUCAGGGUAUCAAUGUGAGGAACCGCGCCAAGGAAAUUGCAGAGCUAUUGAGCGAUCUGGACCGUGUGCGGCAAGAACGACGGAAAGCAAAGGUCAAUCGAAACAAGUACACGGGAACGGGCAACGACGGAGGUGGAUUUGGCAACUCGGGCAGUCGAUACGGUGGCUUCUCAAGUGACGAUUACUAUAGUGGUGGCGCGGGAGGCUCGUACUCUGGAAGUUCUUAUUCUGGUGGCGGUGGUGCAUAUUCUGGAGGAGGUGGAAGCCGGUUCUCUGACACGCAAUCGAAAAAGCAAUUCGAAGAGUACGAUGCAGGUGAUUGGGAAGACUCCACUGCGAAGAGCUCGGCACAUAGACAAUCUUCCUCCGUCUCAUCAUCCACAAGAGCACCACCCAAAGCCUCUGGACCCGAAAGCCCCGCCAAACCGGCAGUACCCGCUAAAGAUAAAGCGAAGGAAGUCGACUUGCUUGGUGGAUUUGACGACGACGUUUCCGCUGCAGCUCCCUCUACCCAAGUCCCAGCGGCGCACGCACCGGUAGCAGGACAAGCUACGCAGGCUGUCGACGAUUUCGAUGACUUUGACGAUUUCAAGAGUGCGCCAACUAACAAUGCCACUACGUCGACCGCACCUGCGAUUCAACCAGCUCAGCCUGUGCAAAGUCGACUUCCACAAGCAGGUGGAACCGAUGUAUUUGCACUACUCAAUGCUACGUCUUCUGCGCCAACCUCCGCACCUGCACCGAUGUUCGGAGGCGCACCAGCAAUGGGAAUGGGGCAGGCGCCGCUAAUGGCUCGGCCAUCAUAUACAACUUCUGGAAGCGGGAGUGGAAGCGGGAUGGGAAUGAAUGCGCCGUUGAUGGCGACUUCCACAGCGACGAUGUUGCCUUCGCAGUACAAUCCGGCUAUGGCGAAUACAGGUGGACGUGCCACACCUACUCAAGCGCAGAACCAAGGUCGGGCGACGCCGACGCCUGCAGCGAAAUCGAGCGCCAACUUUGAUGACCUGUGGGCGUCUAGUUUGUCGAGUACGGGGCGCACGGCAACCAACUCGACCUCAAGUGGUGGUGCCGCCGGAGGUGCGGGGAAGAGUAUCAUGGAUUUGCAAAAGGAGAAGCAGCAAGCCGCUUUCUGGGGUUCGCAAGCCCGACAGCCAGGAUCACAGGGAAUGAUGGGUAUGGGUGGUGGAGGGCAGAAACCUGCGAGUGGGGUGGGAAUGGGAAUGGGAAUGGGUGCCUCCUCGACUUCGGGGAAUAAUGGAAACGGGCUGGACGACCUGUUGCUCUAA